AUGCUAAACAAUCCUCAAUUCCUUGCUAUGUUUCAAGCCUUUGUAAACCAGAAUGCUCCUCAAAAUUUGUCACCUGGCACACAACAUCCAACAUCUCAACGCGUAGAUCCAUAUCCCACAACUCCGGGAGGAGACAGUAGUAGCAAUAGAAUGCGAGUUGAAAACCAAUUUCCAACGCAAUCACUCGAUGAUGAUGAAGAUGUAGUUCAAGUUCAAGUUCCAGAACCGCAAGUAACUAUAAGUAAGCAAGUGAAAGAUAGGUGGGUCGCAGAAGAAGAUAGACACUUGGUGUCCGCUUACCUUAAUUGUUCCGGUGAUCCUGAGAAAGGAACAGACCGGGAGAAGGGAGCGUUAUGGCUUGAAAUCAAAGUGGCCUAUGAAGCAACAACUGCUAAAACACCGAAUGUCAUGCACAAAAGAACCAUGAGAGUUAUUAAAAGGCGUUGGAGUCAAAUCAACGAAGGUGUUACUUUAUGGGUAGCACAACUUGCAGUAGUUCAGCGUAUGCAAACUAGUGGUGAGGUUAUUAAUGACAUAGAGGCUAAAGCACAUGACCUUUACAGACAAAAAAAGGAUAAAGCUUUCGAGUUUUACCAUUGUUGGGAAGCAAUGCACCACCUUACAAGAUGGAUGCCUGGUAAAGAUUCAACCGUUGUAAGUGAAGGGAGUUCUAAGAGAUCAAGCGACGAAGCCGGAACAAGUAUGCGUCCCGACGGCUGGAAGAAAAUGAAAGCCCAAAACAAAUUGAAAGGUGUUGCAACAAGCUUGGAUGAAUUUAAUAACACUUUAAGCGCUAUGCAAAAUGAGCGAGGUCUAAUGAGGAAGGGAAUGUCUUAUAUGCUCGAGUACCAGAAACAACGAGAUGAAACUAAAAUGAGGUUUAAGAUGUUUCAAUUAUUGAUGACAAAAUCGUAUCUUAAACCAUUUGAGGAAGAGAAUCUUGCGAAGCUGAAGGAAGAGUUCAUGAAGUCACUCAUUUGUUUUUAG